UCCGAUGGUCUGAGAAAGGCCGACUGAGACAGAAAAAUCCUGCAUCAUCGAUCAUGGAUGCUCAGGGAAGAAAAGUUGUUGUUUGCGAUAAUGGCACUGGUUUUGUCAAGUGUGGGUAUGCAGGAGCAAACUUUCCUGCUCAUAUCUUCCCAUCUUUAGUAGGAAGGCCUAUCAUCAGAUCUGCAGAGAAACAUGACAACAUAGAAAUCAAGGAUCUGAUGAUAGGAGAUGAAGCCAGCCAGCUACGUGCUAUGUUGGAAGUAAACUACCCUAUGGAGAAUGGUAUGGUACGGAACUGGGAGGAUAUGGAACAUCUGUACAACUACACAUUUGGUCCAGAGAAACUGGAUCUGGAUGCUAGAAAUUGUAAGAUUCUGCUCACAGAACCACCAAUGAAUCCUACUAAGAAUAGAGAGAAGAUGGUAGAGUAUAUGUUUGAGAAGUAUGAAUUUGCAGGAGUGUAUAUAGCUAUCCAGGCCGUAUUAACUUUGUAUGCACAAGGUCUGUUAACAGGAGUAGUUGUAGAUUCUGGAGAUGGAGUUACCCACAUAUGUCCAGUAUUUGAAGGCUUUGCUCUACCUCAUCUAACAAAACGACUUGAUAUUGCUGGUCGUGAUAUAACAAGAUACCUUAUUAAGCUUUUACUAUUGCGAGGGUAUGCAUUUAACCACACAGCUGACUUUGAGACAGUGCGAAUGUUGAAGGAGAAGUUGUGUUACGUUGGAUAUGAUAUUGAACAGGAACAGAAGCUGGCGCUGGAGACUACAGUAUUAGUAGAAACUUACACACUGCCCGAUGGUAGAGUUAUAAAAGUGGGCGGGGAAAGGUUUGAAGCACCAGAGGCCCUGUUCCAGCCUCAUCUCAUCAAUGUGGAUGGAGUGGGUGUGGCUGAACUUCUUUUUAACACAAUUCAGUCAGCUGAUAUGGAUACACGGCCAGACUUCUACCGUCACAUUGUUCUGUCAGGUGGCUCCACAAUGUACCCAGGCCUGCCUAGUCGACUUGAGAGAGAGCUAAAACAGCUGUACUUAGAAAGAGUACUGAAGGGAGACACCAGUAGACUGUCGAAAUUUAAAAUUCGGAUAGAAGACCCCCCAAGAAGGAAGCACAUGGUGUUCUUAGGUGGUGCUGUAUUAGCUGAUAUAAUGAAGGAUAAGGACAGUUUCUGGAUGACCCGAGAAGAAUACCAAGAGAAGGGUGUGCGAUGUUUAAAUAAACUCCUGUCUCCUGUCACGUAGAUGGAAGAUUCUCAUCUAGUGCCAGAAUAGAUCACCAUUCCAAUCUCCAGCUGAUCUAGCGUGAAUGCAUGUAUUCAACUUGGCAUGCAUGUUUCAGAUGUCAUCUUCUUUAACCCAAAUUUUUACCAUAUCUAUGAUGAGUGCUGCAGUCCAGAAACUGAAAGUACUCUUCAUUGUCAGGGACUUUUUUCAGAAGAAUCGUGUAAUUAUCUUUAUUUUAAAUGAUAGCCAUGAAUGAUUGGAAAUUUAUGUUUGAUAAUGGAAAAUUAAUUUUCAAUAGUUCUACAAAGUAUCAAUGACUUGUAGGGGUGUAAUCCUGCUGUAUCUUCAAUGUGUAUGAUGAACUAGAUAUUUCAAGUCACUUUCCUUCUCCUCAAAGUUAUAAUCAAGCAAAUUUUAACGUCAAUCUUCAACACAUAUUUAAUACAAUAAGUCAGUGUCGCCUAUAGUUGCUGACAUGCUGGACUAGGUUUUAAAGCAUUGCAUGUAUUCACUUUGUCCCAGCCUCUCAUUGUUCAUUUUACACCAUGAUAUUAAUUUCUGUCAGAAUGAAUGUGUUUACAUGUGCAUGUGAUUAUGGAGACCACAGCUUCUUUUUGUUUUUUUUCCAUUACAUGUUUCUUGAACAGCAAAUUUAGGGCAUGUGAGCAACUGGUUUAUUUGGAUCUGCCUGCAUUGUAAAAAACCUGGUUGCAAAAGACAGAAUAUUCAAUAUUUUCUAACCUUUCAAACAUCAGACAUUUUUGUAUUAGAAGUAUUGUAAACAAACUUCUAAAAGAUAAGAUUUUAUAUGGCACACAACUUAAAAUGACUCCUGCUAUCAGUUCAUGUUUCUGCUUCUAGAGGAGAAUCAGAGAUGACCAUACAGUAAAGUUUUCCUUUGUAGAAUCGAUCUAAAUAUAAAGUUCUGUUGCAUGAUGUCAAAAUUAAAACCAAAAAAAGAUGAUAGGUCAGUCAUAUGAUCCAAAGCAAUAACGCAAUACUUUGGCAAUUUGAUAAGGGCAUUCAGUAAAACCCCUGUCCAUAGGAUUAUAUAGAGAUUUUAACACCAUAACCAAGCCAUUGCCAAUAAAACCACAAUAUAGGGAUUAUUUCCAGGUUUUUAUACAACCAGGCUCCAUAUGGGAAGCUUACAUGCUAUAAUUUCCUCUCAGCGUCAUUACACUUCACUCUAAUUACUACAUCAGUGAGAAAAUCUUUUGUUUUGUUUUCAUGUGACAAUCUUGUUUACAGAGCAUUUUGGGUAAACAUACUAAAAGACAGCAGAAACAUGUAGUAAUUAUUGAUUGGUGUAAUUCAAGUUUUUUCUUUGCUUUUUUAAAUUUUUUUUUCUGUUUUGUUUGGUGCAACUAUUUGGUGCUUCCUGUUGCUUAGUUUUGAUAUUUGAAACAUCAGCUGUAUGCUUGCAGCAAAAUCAGCGGAAGAUUUAUAGGUUCCAUAGUGUAUUUGUGUCAAGGUAAAUGGUAACAUUGCCUAGUGCCUUCAUGUAAGGGGAAUUCUCACCAAUCUACAUUACCCUUGCACUGCUGUUUAAGAUGAGGAUAAUACCAGUUUUAUAUUUAGUAUAGAACCUUACCAAGCAUUCCUCCUACAAUUUCUGUCUAUAACAUGAAGUCUUGUUGUUUCAUUGUCUAUGUAAACAAACAAUUUUCAUCACUUUACUUUGACAUAAAAGUUGAACUGAUUAGUCUAUUAAACGUUCGAUCUAUCAGUGCUAACAGAGUUACAUAUUUUUACGUAUAUUGUCUAACUGUACCAAUUAUUUCUCCAUAUCUAUAUAACUGUAUUUAAUGUUUAUUAAUAUUGUCUGGUUUGUUUUUCAGCUUAUUUAGGAACUUUGUAGUUCUGGGGUGGGGGGGAAGUUUGGGUUAGAAGAGUUGAACCACAGCAGUUCUUUUGAUAGCAUUGCUCAUUUCUGUGUUUAACCCAAGUGUUAUUAGUGUCUUAGGAAUACUUUGGAAUGGGAUACAGGAAGUAAUUUAUAUAUUUUAGAAAAACAUUGAAAUGUUGUGAAUUCAAGACCAUGAUUUAAGGUUCUCUGUGGAUUCCAAACUUUAUGGAUAUUAUAGGUGAUUUUACCAGUCUUAUUGACUUGUCUUCAGGUGAUUUCUCUUUAGCAUGUUAAAUGUGAUUUGGGGAACACUCUAGAUAUAGUUGGCAAGGGCAAGUCAACAGGAGGAAAACUCAAACACAUUUUGUUCUCAUUAGGAAAAAAACUACACACUAUUAAAUUUUAGAACAUUUACCUGUUUCUAAUGGUGAAUCGUGACUUGUUGAGUAUCUGCUUAAUCUUUGAUUAACAAAUAAAAAUAAAUGGGGAAGAAACAAGUGGAAUGGACCAUAAGAAGAUAUGUGUAUUACAUCACCAAACAACCAGUUAAUGUGCAAUGUAUACGUCUCGUUUUAUGUGUGAUUAUUUAAAGACAUUACAUAGAUAGUGUAUGGAAGAAUGAACACAAGUUCAUCUCUGUGAUAUGUUACCAAGGCCAUAUGUCUAUAUAGUAGGCCAGGAUUUUUGUUGCCUAUUUUAAAGAGAAUGAAGACUGUAUGACAUAUUAAGUACAUUGAUGUAUAUAUAAUUUUUGUAUCAUUAUGAACAAAUAUAUAGUGUACAAGAACCAUAGAUAAUGGCUUAAUGUAUAAACAAUAAGGACAACCAUCAGGGGGUGUAUAUAAAUUUUGUACAUGUAUUAAAAUCCUUGAUGGAAUUGUCUGAAGUUGUUAAAACUGUAACUUUGGUGAAAACUUCAUCAAAAUUAAAAAUAUGCUUUUAUUAAUUUAUAAA